CACUGAAUAAUAUAUAUAUAUUUUGGUAAGUAGCCAGCAACAGUAUUUUGUUGUUUCCAAUGGAGUUUCGAUAAAUAUUCCUAAUAUUUUGGUUACCACCACAUGAUUUACCCUUGGCAAAACUCGAGACUGGAUACCUAUUUGGUUUUGUCAUGGAUUAGAUCAGUCUGAAGUGUUAGCUUUAUGCCUAGCUAGGCUAGCUGGCCAGUAUAGCCCAAUGUAACGUUAAAGUAGUUGAGUCAGAGAAGGUUAGAGAAAGUGGUUUGGUUGAGUUGUUGCAGAACUAUCUAACUUCCAUACCGGUUGGACUUAUUUAUCCUAUGUAACAUUUUGCUCAUAGAAAAUGUCCCAGCUCUUCUUUGGAAAGCCAGCACAUACCUUUCAGUCUACACCAAAACUUUGUCAUCAUCAUCCCUCAUCACCCAAGGACCCUGAACAAGGACAUGGGCCAGACCAGGACAUCCCUGAUGAGACAUUUUCGUUUGUGACACUGGACGAAAGCCAUGGACAGCAAAGUGAGGACUCCGGCAUCGACAUUUCAAACAUCUCCAAUAGACGUGACGUACACAACAGUACUUCCAGCGAGCUCCCAGGUGAGGAGGCUACGACUGUUCUCAGUUCAACGAUAGAGGAGAUAGGGAAGAAGGCCCAGGAUCUGAUAGAGCGAAUCAACCAGAGCCGAGCCAUGGACCAGGAAAUCAUGACCACCUUCGAGAACAAGUUAAUGAAUAAGGUGAGUGAGGUGUGCCAGCAGGUGAAGGAGCAGAUGUUCAGCAGCUAUGAGGAACAUGGCCGUGGGAUGGAGGCCAAUCUGCAGGAGCUGUCUGAGGUGCUGGAGAGGUGCAGUCAGCUCAGUAUGGAGCUACAGGGAGCCAGUCAGACCUUAUCAGCCAUCAACAACAGCCUGCAGCAGACAGCUGAGAACUGACAUCUACACAGCCAUUCAUUUAUUUUAACUGCCUUAUAGCAUCCCAACUUCUGGGAGGUCCGGAAUAAUUAAAGCAAUGACUUGUUUGUUUGACUGUGGUAUAUGUCACAUAAAACAGUGGUUGUAAACUGAGUGGGUGUUGGAAGAAGCUUUUGUUUAUAAAAUUAUUUAUUACAUAACUAGUGUGGAUAUUUUUGUUCAUACCUAUGACCAAAUAGCAUUAUAGAACAUAAUUUUUAAUGGGCCAGAAUAUACGUUUGUGCCCAGUUUAGAAUCAAAAACAUUAU